AUGGCACUGGCGGCAGGUGCGGCGCUGCCCUUCUCCGACGACAUCCUCGCAGAGAUCCUCAUCCGCCUCCCCGCGCUCGAGGACCUAGGCCGCGCCUGCGCGUCCUGCCCCGCCUUCCGCCGCGUCAUCACCGGCCGCGGCUUCCUCCGCCGCCUGCACACGCUCCACCUGCCGUCGCUCCUCGGCUUCCACAUCUUCUCCGCGCAAUUCCACCCCGUCGAGCCGCCCUACCCCGCCGCCCGCGCGGCCCGCGCCGUCGCCGACGCCGCCGACUUCGGGUUCUUGUUCCUCCCCGGGCCGGGCUUCUGGAUGGUCCGCGACGCCUGCGGCGGCCGCUUCGUUCUCCACCGCGACGAGGUGGGGGUGAUCUACGUGCUUUAGCUGCUUUUGUGUCAUGCUGUUUGUAUGGGCCGCCCAACUUCCAGAUGGAUGUCCGGCGUGCCUGCCAGAUGGAGAUGGAUGUCAUGCUUGGACCAGGCCUGUGCUUCGGCUAGUUGCUAGUUAUCCUUCAAUCCAACGCAUAAUGCUCAAUGUAAUAUCUAGUUAUCCUUCAAAUUAUAUGUUAGCAGAUGCGGUGUUGCCCUAGACGGUUAGACUCUGGCAUGUAAUCUAGCCAUCUAAUAAUCGAGGUGGUUGAACACAGUUAACCUGGACCUGAACUGAUGGGUACCUUUGGUUAUAUGUGCACAACGCAUUGGUGCUUUCAUAUAAUUUGAACACCAGUAGUAGCGUCUAGUGAUGCGUAUUAUGGGCGCAAGGACUUGUU